UAGGCAGUUAUCGCCGGAAUAACAACUUAAUAGCUCCAACGUCGCAUUAAACAAUAUCGACUACAUUUAUAUAGACCAGAAAACAGUGCCAUUAGACAAUCAGAACAAAUCAGAAUGAAGUAUCAGCUGCUUGUCCUGUGGGUGCUUGCGCUAGUUGCUUUUUCCGGGGCUGAAUUUCAUUGCGAGAUGGGCACACCUUACGUCGAGAACGGUUGCAACUCCUGCAACUGUAUGAUGGGAAAUCUGCUGGCGUGCACAGAAAAGGCCUGUCCGGGAGACGAUUAUAAUAAAUCGUUUAAUUGCGUCGAGGGUACCGUUAGCAAGCGAGGCUGUAACACGUGCACUUGUUUUAAGAGCAUGGGAACUAUCUGCACCAACAAACGAUGUGAUGAUUAGUUAGUAAUUUGGUACUCAUUUAAUAAAGAAUUGCAAAGAA